AUGGAGGUCAACACAGCACCACCCGUCUAUGAGAAUGACAAGAUCGCAGAACGGAAAGAUGAAUUAACAUACGAGGAGGAGGGCCCCAUCAAGACUGGCGAAGUCCACGAUGCCUUUGGCAACGAGGAGUACGCUGACAUCAAGUAUAAGACCUUGAAGUGGUGGCAAUGUGGCUUGCUCAUGAUCUGUGAGUCAGUCUCACUGGGUGUGUUGUCGCUGCCAGCAGCCAUGGCUACCCUGGGUCUCGUCCCCGGUAUCAUUCUGAUUAUCGGCCUCGGACUUCUCGCAACAUACACUGGCUACAAUAUUGGCCUCUUCCGUGAACGGUAUCCUCAUAUCCAGAACCUGGGUGAUGCGGGUGAGAUUUUGCUAGGCCGCUUCGGCCGAGAGCUCUUUGGUACUGGCCAGUUCCUCUUCUGUAUCUUCGUCAUGGGCAGUCACAUCCUUACCUUCCGUGUCAUGCUGAACACCCUCACCAACCACGGCACCUGCUCCGUUGUGUUCAGUGUCGUCGGCAUGGUUAUCUCAAUUCUCCUGUCCAUGCCCCGUACGAUGAAGGGUAUGACCUGGAUAUCGUUCCUAUCAUUCCUCAGCAUCUUGAGCGCCGUGAUGAUCACUAUGAUUUCCGUGGGUGUCGAGAAGCACCCCGGUCGUGUCAUCCACGCCACAGUCCCCAACGACCUGUACACUGCUUUCCAGGCCGUUUCCAACAUCGUCUUCGCUUACUGCGCCCACGUUGCUUUCUUCGGUUUGAUCGCCGAAAUGGAGACGCCCCAGGAUUUCAAGAAGUCCUUGUUCAUGCUUCAGGGCUUUGAGAUCUGUCUCUACCUGACCGCUGCUAUUGUGAUCUAUUUCUACAUUGGCACAGACGUGCAUUCCCCUGCCCUCACUUCCGCAGGACCCCUGAUGAGCAAGAUUGCCUACGGCAUUGCUAUCCCCACCAUUGUCGGCGCCGGUGUCGUCAACGGCCACAUCGGCUUGAAGUACAUCUACUUCCGCCUCUGCUCCAAGUCCGGUCUGAUGCACCAGAACAACAAGCGUGCCGUCGGUCUCUGGAUCGGUCUUGGUAUUGCUUGCUGGGUCGUUGCGUGGAUCAUCUCCGAAGCCAUUCCUGUCUUCAGCGACCUGAACAGUUUGAUCAGUGCUCUGUUCGCUUCAUGGUUCAGUUACGGUCUGUCCGGUAUUUACUGGCUUCACCUCAACUAUGGUCAAUGGUUCUCCUCUCCCCGCAAGAUCGCCCUUACCGUCCUCAACAUCUUCAUUGCCUGCAUUGGUUUGGUGCUGUGCGUUCUUGGCCUGUAUGCUUCUGGUACGGCUAUCAACAAGAACUCCAACAGCAACAGCUUCACCUGUGCCGACACGGAUACUUAG